CCAAACCGCAUUCCCCCCCCCGCCAUGACAUGAGCUCCCGCCCCGUCCGCCCACCUACUACCCACUAAUCGCACGCCAUGGCCGACGCGGAGCCUACCAGAGACCCUCUGCCUUCACCACCCGCACCCGAGGGGCCCGACACCGACGACCAUGUUCCCCAUACCCACGAGCAUGUGACGACGACUGAAGAGCAGGAGCCGCAGGAACCCGUUGAGCCCGCUGAGGCUCCUGAGCCGCAACCCGCCGACGACAUUGCAGAAGAGCAGGCUCCCGACGCAUCAGACAAUCCUGCGCCUGUCGAAUCUCAAGAAGAGCCAACUCCCGAAGAGUCCGCCAGCGAGGAGCCGCCGCAGCAGGAAGAGGCCGCGCCGCCGCCACCACCAGCAAUAUCACUGCCGGAAGAUGACGCGAGCGCAGCCGGACGAGAUGCAGUCUCGCCCACCACGCAGCCCGAGACGCCUCCCUCGAUACGAAUGCGCACCGACUCGCAAUCCACCGCGGCCACCAACGCGACGGCGAGAACCUCGACGCGCAGCUCCCUCGUAUUCGUCGUGACGGCAUUGGAGUUCAUCGCCGCCUCCAAGGAUGCGCGGAAGAACCAGAAGCUGGGCACCGCGACCCAGCGGGCUUUGACCACCAUCAAAGGCGAGUCGGAUCCGCACAACCUCGACCCAGAGGUCCUCUUUGAGCCUUUGCAGCUCGCGACGGAGGCGCACACUAUCCAGGUCGUCACCACCGCCCUCGAUUGCAUUGGCAAGCUCAUCAGCUACUCCUACUUCUCCUACCCCGUCGAAACACCCGCCGGAGCACCGGAGCAACCGCCGCUCAUCGACCGCGCCAUAGACACAAUAUGCGAUUGUUUUCAGAUGGAUGCGACUCACGUCGAGGUCGAGCUGCAGAUUCUCAAAUCUUUGCUUGCGGCCAUCUUGAACGACAAGAUUGUCGUGCACGGAGCUGGCCUGCUCAAGGCUGUCAGACAAACCUACAACGUCUUCCUACACUCGAAAUCGAGCAACAAUCAAGUGGUCGCUCAGGGAGCUCUGACCCAGAUGGUCGGCACGGUAUUCGAGCGCGUCAAGGCAAGGUUGCGCAUAAAGGAGGCAAAGCUCAACCUGUCCAAAACCUCCCUCAACAAGGGCAGCUCUGGAGACAUUACUCCCGAAGACGACGACAUUGGCGCAACAGGGAGUCACGAUGCCGACCAGGAUGACGACUUGUCGGAGGCUGCUAGCGAACUUCCGGUGGAGAAGGACAACUCCGCGAAGAUCACCCUGCAGAGCUUCGAAAACCGCAAGAGUUUUGACGAUGCACGGAUAGCAGACAACGCCCCGACAUUAGUCACUCGCGCGAAAAACCGGCGGACGCCAUCUCGGACAAACACUAGUCGAUCUGACGCCGAAGGUGGUGAGGGCUCCGACGAAGAAGAGGAAGACGAGAUCUACGUGAAGGAUGCGUAUCUUGUCUUCCGCGCCAUGUGUCGCCUGAGCACCAAGGCGGUGCCUGUCGAGGAGGCACAGAACGUCAGGUCCCAGAGCAUGAGGUCGAAAUUGUUGGCGCUGCAUAUAAUCCAUACCAUUCUUCACAACAACGUGGCCGUCUUCAUCUCCCCUUAUGCCACGAUCCGCAGCAGUAACACAGCGGAGCCGACCACGUUCGUGCAGGCCAUUAAGCAAUAUCUUUGCCUAAGCUUGAGUCGAAACGGCUCCAGCUCCAUCAAGCAAGUUUUUGAGGUCAGCUGCGAGAUUUUCUGGCUCAUGAUCAAGCAACUCCGCGUCAUGCUAAAGAAGGAAAUCGAAGUCUUCUUGAAGGAGAUCUACUUGGCAGUCUUAGAAAAGCGCACUGCGCCUGCAUUCCAAAAGCACUAUUUUUUGAUUAUUCUACACAGGAUCGCGGCUGAUCCCAGAACUUUGGUCGAGAUCUAUCUCAACUAUGACUGCGACCGGACGGCCUUGGACAACAUGUUCCAAAAGAUCGUUGAGCAUAUUUCAAGAAUAUCCAGUACACCAGUGGCAAUCACUGCACAGCAGCAGCAGCUUUACCAAGAGCAACACGCAAAGCAAGCGAGCAGUCCUUCGGAUUGGCAUAAUCGCGGCACCAUUCCACCGUCGCUCGCAACAAUGUCAAUCCAACCUGCUAAUGAAAAGGAGGACCAAGGAUUCCCCCCAGAAUAUUCCUUGAAGCAAGAGUCUUUAGAGGCUCUGGUCGAAAUCCUCCGAUCUUUGGUUAAUUGGGCUUCACAGAGUCUUUCGGCUGCAGCGCAACAGAUCCAACAAAAUGACUCGAGAACCUCAGUUGAAGACUCCAUUAGGGACUCCAUCGACACGCGGUCUGGUACAUGGCCUUCACCAUUCCCUGGUUCGGAGACGCCAAAUGGCCAGAGCACACCAUUGCCGCUGCCGGAGGAUGACCCAAGCCAGCUUGAAAAAGCAAAACAGCGCAAGACUGCUCUGAACAACGCGAUACGUCAAUUUAACUUCAAGCCGAAGCGUGGGCUAAAGAUACUUCUCAAAGAAAGUUUCAUCAAAUCCGACGCUCCAGAGGAUGUCGCAAGGUUCCUUCUCAGCAAUGAUCACAUCGACAAGAAAGCUCUUGGCGAGUUCCUCGGAGAAGGUGACGACUACAACGUCAAGAUCAUGCAUUCUUUUGUAGACUGUAUGGAUUUCAACAGGACCCGCUUCGUUGAUGCCCUGCGCCGCUUCUUGCAGAGCUUCCGCCUUCCGGGUGAGGCGCAGAAGAUUGAUCGCUUUAUGCUCAAGUUUGCUGAGCGUUAUAUUUCUGGAAACCCGAAUGCUUUUGCCAAUGCCGAUACCGCCUAUGUUCUUGCCUACUCUGUAAUCAUGUUGAAUACCGAUCAGCACAGCACGAAAUUGAAGGGUGCCCGAAUGACACCUGAGGAUUUCAUCAAGAACAACAGAGGUAUCAAUGACAACGCCGAUCUUCCGGACGAGUACCUUCGUGGAAUUUUCGAUGAAAUAUCCAACAACGAGAUUGUCCUCAACACUGAACGCGAAACGGCCGCCAAUAUGGGAAUGAUGCCUCAGCCCAACAACCAAGGCCUGGCUGCCAACAUUGGUCAAGCUUUAGCUACGGUUGGCCGCGACUUGCAGAGAGAAGCCUAUGUCCAAGCCUCAGAAGAGAUGGCAAACCGGACGGAACAGCUCUACAAAAGCUUGUUGCGCGCACAGCGGCGAGGCCCUUCCCGCUUCCCUGUUUCCAAGUUCAUCCCCGCCUCUUCGUUCAAGCACAUUGGCCCAAUGUUCCAAGUCACAUGGAUGCCGUUCCUUACGGCACUGUCUGGUCAAGCUCAGGAUACGCACAACCUGGAGACGAUUAAGCUUUGCAUGGAAGGCCAGAAGCUUGCAAUUCGCAUUGCCUGCUUGUUCGACCUGGAGGAUCCGCGCCAAGCCUUUGUUGCCUCCCUAGCCAAAUUCACUAGCCUCUACAACGUCAGUGAGAUGAAAGCAAAGAACAUCGAGGCGCUGUAUUGCCUACUGGAUGUUGCUCAGCAUGAGGGUAACUUGCUGAGGGAUUCCUGGCGGGAAAUUCUCACGUGCAUAAGUCAACUCGACCGGUUCCAGCUCAUCUCCGCAGGCGUAGACGAAGGCAUCCUGCCCGACGUGAUGAUGAGAAGCAGCUCUGUCUCUAGCAAAUCUUCUGCCAGCAGAAAGUCACUGCAGCCGCCAAACAAUCGCCGAACCCGUUCGACGACCACCUUUUACCAAGCCGAAGCUGCUGCAGAGAGCCGCUCCGCAGAUAUGAUCCGCGCAGUCGAUCGCAUCUUCACCAACACCGCCAAUCUUUCUGGAGAGGCCAUCUUAUACUUCGUCAAGGCGCUGGUUCAAGUUAGCUGGCAAGAGAUUCAAUCGUCUGGUCAGAGCGACUCCCCGCGGACCUACAGUUUGCAAAAGCUCGUCGAGAUUAGCGGUUACAACAUGACGCGUGUUCGCUUCGAAUGGACGAAUAUCUGGCAGGUACUCGGUGAGCAUUUCAUCCAGGUUGGCUGCCAUACAAACACCAAUGUUGUCUUCUUCGCGCUUAACAGCUUGCGUCAACUUUCCAUGAAAUUCACGGAGAUCGAAGAGCUUCCCGGUUUCAAGUUCCAAAAGGACUUCCUAAAGCCGUUUGAGCAUAUCAUGAAGAACACAAGCGUGGUAACAGUCAAGGAUAUGGUGCUCCGCUGCUUGAUUCAAAUAAUCCAAGCACGGGGUGAGAACAUCCGCUCGGGAUGGCGGACCAUGUUUGGUGUCUUCACGGUCGCGGCGAAGGAACCUUACGAGGGCAUCGUCAACCUGGCAUUCGACAACAUCACCCAAGUGUACAACACUAGAUUUGGCGUAGUGAUCUCUCAGGGUGCUUUUGCUGAUCUCAUCGUCUGCUUGACCGAAUUCUCGAAGAACCACAAAUUCCAGCGCAAGUCCCUGCAGGCAAUUGAGACGCUCAAGUCAAGCGUGCCGAAAAUGUUGAGGACUCCCGAGUGCCCGUUAUCGCAGACUUCGAACGCACCCAAAGAGCCUCCUCAAUCUGCAACCUUGCCGAAGCAGCCGACAAAGCAGACGCAGGAGGAGCAGUUCUGGUUCCCAGUGCUGUUUGCCUACCACGAUGUGCUGAUGACUGGAGAAGACUUGGAAGUACGGUCAAGAGCUUUGACAUAUCUUUUUGAAACUUUGACACAAUAUGGUGGUAACUUCCCGCAAGACUUCUGGGAUACUCUUUGGCGCCAGAUACUAUACCCGAUCUUUAUGGUUUUGCGGUCCAAAUCAGAAAUGUCAAACGCCCUCAACCACGAAGAACUCACUGUCUGGCUUUCGACAACCUUUAUCCAGGCGCUUCGGCACAUGAUCAACCUCUUCACUCACUUCUUCGAAUCUCUGGAGUACAUGCUAGACCGCUUCCUCGACCUUCUGGCUCUCUGCAUAUGUCAGGAGAACGAUACACUCGCCCGCAUUGGUAGCAACUGUCUGCAACAGCUUGUACACCAAAACGUUAAGAAGUUCACUCAAGACCACUGGGAGAAGAUUGUCAGCGCGUUCGUUGACCUAUUUAACCGGACCGAGGCCACCGCCCUGUUCUCCGCAGCGACCUCGGCGUCUUACACGCCUAACGGCUCGAAGAUGGUCCGAACGCCGUCCGUGGGUGCAACGAGCAUGUCCGACCUGCCCCUGUCGCAUUCCCCAACGUUCGAGAGGCCUGAGAUGGAGGAAAGUGGCCUCGGUAUCGAUGGUCUCUUAACGUCCCAUGGCAGUUCUGCCGUCUCGUCGGACGAAUCCGGUUUCGUCAAUGGUAACGCACGAACCGACUUGGAGAACUACAGCUCCACGCCCGAGCUCCAACAAGCACCAGUCGUGGUCACAGCGGCACGCCGCCGCUUCUUCAACCAGAUCAUCACCAAGUGCGUGCUGCAGCUGCUGAUGAUCGAGACGGUCAACGAGCUCUUCUCCAACGACGACGUGUACAGCCAGAUUCCAUCGGCGCAGCUGCUGCGCCUGAUGAUGCUCCUGAAGAAGAGCUACCAGUUCGCGAAGCGCUUCAAUGAGGACCGCGAGCUGCGCACCAAGCUGUUCCGCGAGGGCUUCAUGAAGCAGCCGCCCAAUCUGCUGAAGCAGGAAUCGGGGUCGGCGGCCGUGUACGUGAGCAUUCUGUUCCGGAUGUACCACGACACAUCGAGCGAGCGCAAGAGCAACCGCAAGAACACGGAGGAAGCGCUGAUACCGCUGUGCGUGGACAUCGUGACGGCGUACACGGCGCUGGACGACGAGACGCAGCAGCGCAAUAUUGUCACGUGGCGGCCCGUGGUCAUUGACGUGCUGGACGGGUACGCGGGCUUCCCGCCUGAGGACUUUGACCGCCACGUUCAGACGUUUGCGCCGCUGAUUGUGGCGCUGUUGGCCCGCGAGAUGGGCAUGGAUCUCCAGCGCAGUGUGCAAGGGCUGCUGCAGCGCAUCUUUGAGGCGAAGCUGGGCAUUCCGCCGACGGAGCUGGUUGGGGGGAAGGCGACGAGCCCGGAGAGGAGGCAGAGUGUUUUUGGACGGAGGGGGAGUAAGGGGAGGUAAAGAGUUGGUGGCAUGACGGUUGGGGUUGGUGAGAAGGAUGAAGAGGAGAAGGUGCGGAUAUAUGGCCUUGUAAUGUGUGUUUUUUUCCUUGCGUGC